GAAUUUAAAAAAAAUAACAUUUGUUAUUAUUACUUUCUCUGCUGUCAUCAGAUUAGGUACCAUUAUAAGUUGUAAGUAUUGUAAUUAUAUAUUUACUAUAUAUUACUUUUUUUUAAUAAAUUCUAUAGUAAACUUAGAUACAAGUGUUUUUUUUAGAGAAAAGAUAAUAUCAUUAUUAUUAUUAUUAUCAAUAUUAUUAUAAUUGAUGGUGUUGUUUUUUAAAGUGUAUGAUUAAAAAUGGCAUUUAGAAAAUGUCUUAACAAGGAGAGUUUUUUAAUAGAAUCUUUUUAUAAUCGCAUUAUUUAAUUUAUUUUUUUUUAAAAUUUUCAUUCGAUUAUUUAAUUGAAAUUCAAAACGAAAGGAGGAAGUGAACGGAAAAAGGCUACAAUGGGCAACGAACUUGGAGUUGCUAGUGAAGAUGAUGGCAAUGAAUAUAUCAAGCAACUACUCUUGGGCCACUUGGACCAGGAGCGAAGGAGGAAGGAAGCUUUAACUGCUGCUGUUCUUUUAUCAGCUUUAACAGAUUUGCAUCUUGCGGAAGUCACUUCAGACAAUGAUGAAUCAACUGGCGAAAACCUUCCUCCAGGAUUUGCAGAUGACAAUAAAUUUCAAUGGGAUCCGAGAGAUUGCUCUCCAAACAUUAAGCUGUCCAACAAUUACAUAACAGCGACGAAAAAGCCCUGUAAAACUAAAACAACUGAUUUAGUAAGAGGUACAGAAGGUUAUACAAGUGGUGUUCACAUCUUUAAGAUUUUUUGCCCCAAGUCUUCGAGAGGUAAUAUCUCAUGUGUCAUUGGGCUAUCUUGUAUGGAAACUCCACUGAUUUGUAACGGAUACAAGGCACUUGUAGGUGGCCAAGAAACUUCCGUUGGGUGGGAUAUUGUGUCCCGACAAGCCUUAUAUAAUAGCCGAAUUAUAUCAAGCUACCCAGAGAAUAAACCUAUCACCUUUGAGGUGCCAGAAAGCCUUACAAUGAUCGCAGAUUUAAAUAGGGGCGUUUUGAUAUUUAAAUCAGAGGACGAAGAUUACGGAGUUUGUUUGAGUGGUCUUGAUGACGUAUUCUGCGAUAAAAACAUCAAAUUAUUCCCCGCAGUAAGCAUGACAGUUAGCGACUGUGAAGUGAGUAUCUGCAAGCCUCCUAUGGAAAUAUCUGAGGAAAAGAGAAAAGUUGGAAUUGAAAAAGUGAUUCCAGCAUGGGCAUUAUUAAAUACCUUAAUGAUAAAGAAAGAUGUUGACGAAUGCGACACAGUUGUUCAGCUCUUUUCGUGUUUUAGAGAACUUACACGGGCUAAUGUUGAUAAUCUUGUUGAACGCGAGAUAGUUUUACAAAUUAUGGUAGCGUUUGACAAAUUUGAAACAGUUAUAAAAUACUUACAUUUCCUUUGGAAAAAUAUUCGCAAUGAAGCAGCGGCAAGAUGCUUCUUUUGCAUUAACACAAGUCUUCUAUCAUUCACAAAUAGAUGUGUAUCUGUACCUCUGGCUCUUGCGUCGUUCGAUAGUUUUUCCAUCAUCGCAGAGAUCCUGACUGAGCUUCCAAGCAGCAUAUUAACGAGAGAAGCGAAAACUGAUUCUUUGGGUUGUCUUUUAGGAGCAGUUUACAAUUGCUCUAGGGUGCCGGAAGUGCGACAAAGCAUUGCGAACGGACCAAUGUUACAAGUUCUCUAUAGAAAUUUAGAAAACACCAACAGCAUCCCCUUGACAUAUGUAUCAUCUGCAAUGUCCCUAGGAAACAUUCUGAGUGACGAAAAGAGAAAGUCUUUCAACUUGGAUGACUUAAUCCUUAAACAGAUUGUAAGGAUGAUAAAAUGUGGAGCAGAAGGAAAGACAAUGGAUUGCAAUGGACAGUAUCUUGUUAUGGAAGAGAUGUUGGAAACCAUACAUGCAUUUAUGGAUUGCAGUUAUAAUUGUAAUUAUUUCAUAAAGAGCCAUCUCAUUCAUGAAAUAGUAAAGAUUCUUCAAAGGGAAAGUGAUUCUAGGGUUGUCGAAUUGGCCUUGGCUUGCUUGAACAAGGCAUUUACUCAAAUUUUAGGGGAGUUUAGAAGCUCACGAGGACCCAAUGUAAAAAGUGUUUUGUCCUAUCUCAAAAUAAAUGGACUCAAGGAAGUCUUAGAGAAGAAGAAGGAUGUGAAAUCUGAAAAUUACUCCGCCGUAGCAGAGACUUGCUUGAUAAAAUUAUCUGAAAUCUUCAAAGGUAGAAUUUUCGACGACCAGUUUGUAAUGUGCUAUUGUCAAUUUUGUCACGUCCAAAGGAACGAUAAUGAGCAUUACAAUAGGGGAAAUCCUUCAAGAAGAUAUGCUCUUCCUAUUGGCUGGUGCCGCCUUGGUAUAAAACCUCCACCUCAAGUAAAAGCUACAAAAGCAUUUGAAAGAUGGUACAGAGCCUACUACAAGGUGCAGAAUAUCAACAAGUUAUCAAGCAUUUUACGUCAGCCAAGUCUCGUAAUGAGUGGUCACAGGACUAUAGAUGGACAAGUUAUGCCUACUGACACUGAAGGUCUUAAAAGAAUUCUUCUUUCACCAACCAUUCGGUAUUGCGAUUAUUACACAAAAGCAACCAAAUGGGACAAAUACGAAGUAAAAUCUGCACUACAAGUUUUAGUUGAACCCAACACCUUCAAAACUCAGAAAGGUACAACAGAUGAAAGUAAAAUUCUCGAUCCGCUAUUUGCAAACGAAGAAAUUGAAUGGUCUGUUGAUAGACAAGGGACGACAUUCGUUUAUGAUAUUGAUCGGCAGUGUUCUCUUGUUAAAGUUGAUAGUACUGAUUCAUUACUCCAUGACUUAUUAUUGAACGAUGUAAGCGAUAAUAUAUCAUUAUCCGAUAACGAAAAUGCAGUAUAUCGGUUCACGUGUACAGAUGCUUUUAAAUGGGAUAACAGUCAAUGUUCUGAAAAUUUGAACAUAUCUUCAAAUGGUUCAACAGUAACUAAGGCAGAAAAUACACCUUCCUACGACAUUGUUAGAAGCGUCAAAGAAUUUAAAACUUGCUUAAACUUUUUCAAAGUUAAGUGGCCAAAAAAUAACAGGGGAAAAGUAUCGGCAAUUAUUGGAAUUUCGUCUGGAAAUUCAUCAUCAUUAUCUAUUCCAUCUGACGAAACUCUGCGUAAUUCGGAUAUUCCUGAUGAUAGUUUUUCAUGCGGAUGGGAUAUCGUUAAUAAUACUGCAGUAUAUAAUGAGAAGAAUGUACGUUAUUUUCCGAGCAAUAGAGACUCAAACUUUGCAGUGCAGGAUGAAUUCUUAGUAAUUUUGGAUUUAUAUUCGGGCAUUCUAGCUUUUGAAUUUGAUGAUGAGAUAUCUAUAUGUUUUGGAGGUUUAAAUGACAUAUUUUCAGAGCAAAUACAAUCUCUAUAUCUUACAGCUGCACUCUAUUCUCAGAAAAGUACAGUAACUGUUGAAAAUCUAAAUUCUUUUUCCCAGAAUAUACUUCCUUACAUAUUUCAUCAUAAUCAAUCAACCGUUCCACUAUUUAGCAAUGAAAGUCAAUGGAAAGAUAUUAAUAGUUUAAUGAUCAAUUCCAAUUUAAAAGAUAUUUACGAAAUAUCCGAAUUUUUUCUAAGUUUAACAAGCGUCUGCCAAACUUUUCAAAAUGAUCAACGAAUGUAUUUAAUCUACUUGAGACUUAUGAUAGAAUUUAAUGAUAUGAAAUCAAUUGUCAAUUAUCACAAACUUCUGUGGAGAAGAAUUCAUUUAAAUUGUGCUAUAAAUUGUUUUUUAACCAUUUGUCAUUUUGUUCAAAAUACAUCAUAUAAUAACUCCCUCUAUUCAUCGGCAUUCUUCCAUUUGGGAUACGUUGAAAUCAUUGAGGAUAUUUUGGAAACAUUCAUUGAAAAAGACCAAUUUUCAAGACUUGAAUUAAGAUUACAGACAAGUUGUUUGGCAAUUAUCUAUAGUUUUUCAAAAGUAUCAUUUAUUAGUAAAGAGAUUAAGGAUAGUAAAUUAAUAAAAUACCUUUUAAGAUACAUUAAUAUGCAUGAAGAAUAUCAGAUAAUUCCAUUUCUUAGUGUAAUGUCUCUGUCUAAUCUAUUGAGUUUUCACGAUCUCAAUUCUUUAAAAGUUGAAGAUACGAUGCUGACUUUAAUCAUGAAAUUGCUGAAAAAUUCUUCAACAACCGGAAAUACUCUACUCAGUACAGUUUCCUUUCAUGUAAAAGAUAUCCUGCAAUUAUGUAAUAUAUUGCAACAUAAUUAUGAAUAUGGGAUGUUUUUUGUAAUGUCAUCAAUAAUUGAUGAAUUAGCAAUCUGCUUGAAAAAAACUUUACAAGAGGAUGAUCUUAUGAGAUUAAUUUUAGAUAUCCUUGAAAAAUCUUUAGCAGACGCUAUUCAAUUGAUCAAAGAUGGAAAAAAAGUUAAAAAAUUAAUUGAGGAAGAUACAUUAAAGAAAAUGUUGAAGAAAAUUUCAGAAACUGGAACAAUUAAUUAUGCUACUUUAGCGAAAAAGUGCCAAAAUGAACUUAAUGAAUAUUCAAAUUUAUUGUUAAAACAAAAAAUAAAUAUGUAUGAUUUAUAA